UUGUCUGUCACGUGGAGCUUGGCUCCUGUCCCUUGCAGCCUUGGGUCAUACAGCGCUCGGUGCCUGUUCAGAGAGGAGCCAGGAGCAUAGAGCCGGCAUGGGCUUGGGGGCCAGCAUGCUGAGAGCCCUCUUCCUCCUCCUGGAUGUUGGAGGAGCUCCAGUGUUAGCAACGGGCAAGUCUGCUGGGGCCGAAAUUGACAUCAAGUAUGCCCUCAUUGGGACGGCUGUGGGCGUCGCCAUAUUGGCUGUCUUCCUGGUCCUGAAGAUCUGCAUGAUCAAGAAGCAUUUGUUUGAUAUCGACUUCUCAGACUUGAGAAGCACAAACCCAGGCUUCAACGACACCGCCACACUAAAGAAGAGAGUCCUAAGGUAAGGUCACUAUUGUGGUCAAACCUCAAUUUCUCUGAAAGAGAUGAACGAGUGAUUGAGCUCUAAAUGAGUGGCCUCCUCAGGAAAGGUUGGGCAGUCUGGACAGUUUCAAUCUCAGGGAUGUCAAGAAUUUGAGCUUCCUAAGCUGGUGAUUGACCUUCAUGUGGACGUCAAUGCCCAGGCCAAGUAACAGAUGGAAUAGAGUCUACAGUGUUUCUGUCCUGAAGGAAAAUAUCAAUUCUCUUCCAUGAGAAGUGGACUCAACAGAGGGAAGCAUGAGCACUUUACCCAGCAAUAAGAAAGGAUGGAAGCCAAUAAUCCACACUGUCUAUCCUGGUCCUCCUUGGUGGAGUUGUUCAUGAUUCUGUGAUAACAUUGUGUCCAUAUCAAUGGAACCUACCCAGAGCAAAUGGCUCAUGGAAAUGGAGACCAAAGUCAAGACACAGCCUGCUUAAUAGCACCAUUUAUCAAUAGGUAAGCAUCAUUUUUCUAGAACUGAUGGCCUCACCUUUUCAGUUGCCAUAAGAAUCCCCCAUGUGAAUAUUCAGGAUCCUUGAGACAUGAAGACUAUGGGGUAGUCUCUGGUCUGAGGAAUGAAAGACUGAUCUUCCACAGGAAAGAAUGGAGGACUGGGCCAGAGUGAGAGGAAGGGGUCUGAAUGGCCACGGAAUGGCCUACAGCUUUGCAGCUCUACACAAGAUGAAGCCAACAAAGGAUUAAAUGAAAAAGCCAAUGGUGUGCCUUGUAGGGACCCACACAGAUGUAAGGGAUUAUUGUUAUGUUUAGAGCAUUAUUUUGUGGUUAUUAGUACAAAUCUGAAUGGCUUUUGCCUAGAGGACAUGGCCGACAGAGGCUUAGGAAACGCCCAUCUUUUUAUUAUUGCCAUCAACUAAAGGCUGUGUGGCACGGGCCUCGUUAACAUUUCUCUCCCCCAAACUCUUAACCCUGUAUUUCUGGGGCUGCAUUCUUGAAUACUCUUUGCCUUUCCAGUUCAGCAGAAAUCCAGGUGGUUGCGUGGGCUGGUUCUCCUCGGAUUGGGUUCUUCUCCUUGUGUGUGAUGAAAGAUGAGCAAUAUUUCAAAACACAGUGCUGUGUUAUAAUAAUUUGCCUGGAUUCCCAGGGCAUCUUUUAUCUGACUUGAUAACAACGUAGUUCAUUAGCAGCCUUUGUUAGCUGAUAACCUAAAGCGGUAACCCGAUACUCAUAAGCAAUUUUCUGUGUGUAAGAUAGAAUAAACCAUCUUGUAAGGUAUCUGUUAAUUGAUU